AUGCUGCCAUGGAGGAGGAAAGGAAAGUUUGUGUUGGCACAAAAAGAGCAGAACGGCAAAGCAUUAAGUUACCCCAGCCUUCUGCCCUCCUUCCUGCGGUCCUGCCCCGAUCUCCUGCCCAAUAUCUCCGGGCAGUGCCUGGGCACUAUGUUCGGGAGGAAGCGGCGGACCGUGGAGCUGACCAGAGAGGAGCCCAGUGACAAGGGGAGGUACCUGGGCAGCGCCGUGACCCUGCGGGCAAGAGGGAGAGGGCUGCACCGCGGAGCAGUAGGGCAGAUUGGAGGCGGAGUGAGGGGUGGAAGCCGGGCCCCCAGGGUGAGGUUGUUGGUGAGCAGUGAGGGCAUCAGCGGACUCCCGUGGAAGGGCAAACCUGCCACACCUACCUUACUGCACCGAAUACCCACUGCGGCACAGGACACGCCCACCCCGGGCUCCUCAGCUGGUCUACAGGACCGAAGUCCGACCACAAAGGCAGAUUUGUGCUCCGGUGCCACACGGUGCUGCUGUCCCGGCAAGAGGAAGCGGCGCCCUGCCUGCGACUUGCCAGAUCUCACGGGGCCGCCUUUUUGCGACUUCAAGCGACUAAAGAGACAGAACGACUUCAGGAGGGGCCACAGGAGAGGCUGGCAGUGUGUGGUGCCUUGGUGGCCCCUGAGGAGACGGUACUCAAUGCCCGGUGCUAUUAUCAUCCCCGAGGAGGUGAGGGCAGCGUGGGGCACUGGGGCUUAA